AUGACACUUCUUGAUGAAUAUGAAAGUCUUGUUAAAAGUGCUAGACAUCAUGAUCAGAGGGAGCAAUAUAGAAUGCAGAGUGAUGACUCUAAAGUUACAUGUAGUGAAAACAUUACAGUUGAAGAAAUUGUGAAAAUAUAUAUUUUAGGUGCAGUAUCAUGUUCCUUAGAUGCAACCGUCCACUACAGCUGGGACUUUGCACAGCAGGUCCAUAUUCCACACCAUAGCCAACAGGAUAGACCCCUGUAUUUCAAAACUGCCAGGAGAUGUGAGGUAUUUGGAGUUUGCUGUGAAGGAUCUGAGAAACAAGUGUUUUACCUUGGUGAUGAGGGUGUUGCCCCAGGCAAAGGAGCAAACACAGUAGUCAGCUACCUCCACCAUUACCUUAAAAACUACGGCCUGGGUGAGGAACAUGCCCAGUUCCACUUUGACAAUUGCCAAGGACAGAACAAAAAUAAUGCAGUUCUUGGUUAUGCUAUGUUGAGAACAUUGGCGGGAGGGCAUAAGACAAUCCAGGACUCACUGAUGCUAGCCGGCCACACCAAAUUUUCAUGCGAUUGGCAUUUUGGAGUUUGGAAAAACAGAUGGAGACACAUGGAUGCAGAGACAGUUGAGGAGGUGGCUUCCACAGUAGCAAUGUCAUCCCGUAAUGGCCACAACAUCCCCCAUAUUGUUGAUGGCAACAGCAAACCAGUGUUGUUCUAUGACUGA